AUGAAACAUAUACUCUUCUUUCACGGGAUUUGCAGCUUGUCAAAUAUCAAUGGCCUGGCAUCGCCCCUUUAUGAUCUCCAGAACUCAACAAUAAAUAUCCUAGAUAUGGCCUUUUCAUGUAACAGCAAUUUCUGUCGCUUUUUCGGCACGUCAAUGUGGAUCAGACAAGCCUUUUACUCCCCCUCCUCUUUUCUUCAUUUGAAACAGGUCUGCGAACUGCCUGCCAACAAUACACCGUUCUUGUGGUUCUCCCCAUCCACAAACCAGCACUCGCAAGUGUUCGUCCGAUACCUUGGAGAUGAACAACUACUUUGA